ACUGAAGCUGUGGUGAAGUAAACAAGAAAAAAGUACAAGCGAGUAAAGUAAAUGUGUGCAGUAAGAUACACGAGUAACUGUACUUAGUUACUUUCCACCAUGAAUCGAGUAUUUGUCAUGACAAGUGAGAGAAAGUGCAGAGAGUGGGACAUAAUGCCUGACUGCAGCAUUGUGCCUGGAUGGGUGCGGUCUUAUCGUGCAGGGCUGGGCAGGGCAAGGUGCGCUUAUCCUGUGCACUUCAGACAACACUCCGCAGCUGACUGGUUUCCCGUACGAGCAGAGCCCUCCUUUGGAUGUUGUUGUUGGGGCCACCUGGACAGCUGGAAAGAAAAGAAAAAAAAAAAUGACGAACCAGUAUCCGCUGAAAUCCGUCAUUUCCAUCACGAGUGUGGACGACACGUCGUUGGCUUUGCCCUCAGUGAACCAGUAUCGAUCUGGACAGCAGCGCGUCCUCGAACAAGUGCAAACCAUCAGGAGGACCAAAUCCAGGCAGUCCAGCAGCAGCAGGAGUUUAUCUACUUCUUUGUCUCCAACAAGCCCUGUAUAUGACUCAGUGUUCAGUGAUGCCUCAAAGUCACAGUCGAGCACAUCUAAUGGAACUGUCUUCUUUGGGAAUGGCUUUUCUAAAGCGCUCAACCUAGAAAAAAACACCACCCGUCAACCAAUCAACAACAUAAAGGGUUCCCCUGUGAAGAGGAACACAUUUUCUACCUAUCAACAAGAGAGGAGUCACGCCACCGGUGGCGCCAUGCGGUUUGGUCAAGCCAACACCAGCCGCAGCGAGCCUGAUUCAGCCUGGCAGCGCACCAAACGCUCUGUUGCUGGGCAGAGGUUCCAUUCCAACAGGCCCACCUUCAAGGCAGAAAGACCCACCAGUAUGUUUGUAGUGAGCCCCACAACCCAGACUCCUCUCUUUCAGUCUCAAUUCAGUGUUAAUGGCAUAGGCCAGACCAAAAUAAAUACCCAGUUUGGAUUGAGCAAAGUUGAUUCUUCCAAACAAUCCUCAAAGCCUCCUGUUACAGAGAGUGGUCUGAAGGGAAAAGAAGAUUCUGGGUCAAAUGGGAACACUGGAGUUGCUGAUAUCACUAUGAAAGAGGCUGUGGAGUACCUUACCAACAAGGACGAAACCUAUCAGCACUGCGGUGCUUCCUACAUACAGCACAACACUUUUAUUGACGAUAAUGCCAAAGAGGAGUUGUUGAAACUCAAUGGGAUCCCUGCGUUGGUGGCUUUGCUGCGCAGCUCCAGUCAGCAGGUCCACCAGACAGCCUCGGCCGCCCUACGUAACCUGUCCUUCAAAAGCAACAAUAGCAAGGAGCAGAUCAGUCGCUGCGGUGGCAUCACAGAGGCUGUGACUCUGCUCAGAGACACAGACUCUGCAGAGAUACAGAAACAGCUGACAGGUCUCCUGUGGAAUUUGUCCUCUGUCGACAGCCUGAAGCCAGACCUGCUGAAGAGUGCUUUGCCUGUCUUAAUGGAGCGUGUGAUCCUGCCUUACACAACAGGUCCUGACCGGACUAACAAUGAUCAUGAUGCCUUCUUCCAUGCCACCGGGUGUCUAAGAAACCUGAGCAGUGCAAAGCAAAACAACAGACAGGCGAUGAGGAAAUGUCGAGGUUUGAUCGACUCUCUGGUCAAAUAUCUUCAAGACUGCGUGGAAGCAGGAAAACCUGAUGAUAAGCCUGUAGAAAACUGCGCCUGCAUCCUGCACAACCUGACGUUCCAGCUAGAGGACGAGGCUCCGGCUCUUUUUGGAAGGAUCACAGCUUUGGCCAAACCUGUCAACAGGAACAACAGCCAGGGUGACGCCGGGCCCAUCGGCUGCUUCAGCCCACAGAGCAAACAACUAGAACAGGAGUGCCACUUUGAUUUCCCGGUUGUUGAGGAUCCACUGCCAAGUGGUGCAGGCUGGCUGAUUCACUCCAAAACUCUGCAGAGUUACCUGUCUUUGCUUGGCUCCAGCCAGCAAGAAGAAACACAGGAAGCCUGUUGUGGAGCGUUACAGAACCUCACCACAAAUGAAGGCAUUGUCUCCGGUGUAAUGAGCCAGAUAAUUGUGCAGAAACUGAAUGGCCUGAAAACCAUCAGUCCCCUUUUAAAGUCAAACAAAGUCAAUCUGCAGAGGAACGUAGUGGCUUUGGUAAGAAACCUGACCAAGAACCCAAAUCUGCACAAUAAUAUAGCUCGUAAAGCUCUCCCAGAGCUGCUGGCCACCCUGAGUGAAGGCACCAAGAAAGGAAAUGAGUCUGAUGACACACUGGCCAUGGCCUGCCAAACCGCCAACUGCCUGUUUAUGAAGGACCCCGAGAUAGGAAAGCCCCUGUUGAACUACAACUUGAUAAACUCACUAAAUGAGCUCAGCAAAAACGGGUAUCUCCCCAAAUCCAGGAAAGCCGCAGCUCUGCUUCUUUACAACCUCUGGUCAGAAAAGGACUUGCAAAGCUUCCUGAAAAAACAAGGGAUGGUUAAGUCCUUCUUUGUGAAUGAUGUCACCAUGGCGGCACACAAGUCGGUUCAAGUUGUCGAUUAACACGACGUUCUAAAUGGAGCUCUGAAAAUUAUUAAAGAAGUAAGUCACCUGGACGUUCCUUUGCACAUCCACGGGAUCUAUAUGCUCUGAGGCUGAGCAGCAUCCUUUGUCAUUUCACAAAGAAUUACUGAUUACAAUUAUUGAUUACAUAUCCUCAUAAUCAUUCCAUCAAUAAAUGGUUACAUACAGUAACCAGUAGCCCUGUAUGUAUGCUGUAAGGUUGUAAUUAUUUUGGAAUAAAGGUGAAGGUUAAGAUGUUAGACUUCAAGUUUUUAGUUGCUUUUCUUGCUUUAACUGCCGUCUUUGAAUGUAAAUUCUUCACGUGUACCUGCAAUAUGCAAUCUGGUACCAUGAGCUUGAUAUAUUAGAUAAUAACAUAAGGGUUAGGAUCUUACUUUGCACUGAAAUUACUGUUUUUGAUAUCAUAACACAACACUGUAAAAACAUCAUAAAAUGAACAUAGAUGACAAUAGAGGACAUUUUCUGUUGUGUUAAAGUUUGCCAUAAAAAAACAGUAGCAUUGUCUUAAGCAGCAAUGUGUGUUUACAUUUUGUAAAGACAACUUUUAUGUGGUGUAUCAAUCUUAUUUUUCACAUUUAUGUGUGUGAUCUUGAUCAUCUAUUUGUAUUAUCUUUAAAAGUGUCAAUAAAAGAUGACAGAGUUCUA